AUGGCGGUUCAGAGCUCCACUUCCAGUGAAGCACUGGCUUCGAAGAAUGUUUCGCAUGGCCAUUUUAUUUUAUGGAGAGAGUUUGUGUGGGGAGCUGUUGCUGGUGCUUUUGGAGAAGGAAUGAUGCAUCCAGUAGAUACCAUUAAAACCCGACUACAAAGUCAAGCUAUUCUAAAUGGACUUCAGAACCAGAAAAACAUAUUGCAGAUGGUGCGAUAUGUCUGGCAGGUUGAUGGACUAAAAGGCUUUUUCAGGGGUGUAAUACCUGGUAUUACUGGAUCUCUUGCAACUGGUGCAACAUAUUUUGGUGUCAUAGAGUCCACAAAAAAGUGGACUGAGGAUUCACAUCCUAGCCUUAGGGGCCACUGGGCACAUUUCAUUGCUGGAGCUGUUGGAGACACUCUAGGUUCUUUUGUCUAUGUUCCAUGUGAAGUGAUGAAACAGCGCAUGCAGGUUCAAGGCACAAUUACAUCUAGGAGUCCUGUUGUUGUGAAGGAUGGCAUUGCUAUCAAGUCUGGCACACAAAUAUAUGGUUAUUAUACAGGGAUGUUCCAUGCAGGCUGCUCAAUAUGGAAAACACAGGGCUUAAAGGGUUUAUAUGCAGGAUAUUUGUCUACUCUGGCAAGGGAUGUUCCGUUUGCUGGCCUAAUGGUCAUGUUCUAUGAAGCUUUGAAAGACGUUACAGAAUAUGUAGAGCAAAGAGGGAUAUGUAGCCCAAAUUGGCAUGGUAACCAUUCAUUUGAGGGACUGGUUUUAGGAGGAUUAGCUGGUGGUCUCAGCGCAUAUCUUACCACUCCUUUGGAUGUUGUAAAAACAAGACUGCAAGUGCAGGGUUCAACCUUGAGGUAUACUGGUUGGUUGGAUGCAAUUCGCAUUAUAUGGGCCACAGAAGGCAUGAAGGGGAUGUUUAGGGGUAGCAUCCCCAGGAUUACAUGGUACAUUCCGGCUUCGGCACUUACAUUCAUGGCCGUGGAAUUUCUCAGAGAUCAUUUUAAUGGAAAAGUGCCCAAUGAUAAUUUGCGAGAUGUCCGCAGAUUAUCAGUAGACAAGAAAUCACUGCAGGAGGUUGCUUAG